AUGCAGAGACGUCACGACGAUGGGACAGUGACCAUGGAACUGGGCAGUCACAGCGGCCACAGCUCCAGCUCGAGCAGCAGCAGCAGCAGCACGAUGUCUAUGGUCUUCGCCAACGCCGUUAACACGCCGCUCUACACCAAUUCCUUCACCCCGUCAACGAUUGGCCAGUACGCGGGCAUCUGCAUCUUCCUCAUCGUCCUGGCCGCCAUCUUUCGCGGACUCUUUGCGGUGAAGCAGAAGCUCGAGGAGCGGUGGCUGACGCAGGCGCUUGAGCGGCGUUACAUUGUGGUAGCAGACAAGCAGCCGGCGGCGGAGCGCAUCGAGCGCGACGACAGCUCACGCAGCGCCGUGCUGACUGCGAACGGCGUCGAGGAGCGCGUCACCCUCGCUCACCGGCUCGGCGGCGGCUCCGUGCAGCCGUGGCGCUUCACUGUCGACCUACCGCGCGCGGCCGUGGUUACAGUCAUCGUGGGCGUGGGCUACUUGCUGAUGCUCGCUGUGAUGACGAUGAAUGUUGGCUAUUUCCUAUCCGUCCUCGGUGGCACCUUCCUGGGAGAGUUAGCGUUUGGGCGAUACUCGCAGGCACCCGACCACCACUGA